CGAGCGAUCCCUGAUUCGCAGAGACGAAUGUUCGGGUCAGAGAGUCGAGCGAAGCAAUCAUAAGCAAUCCGUCUCGUUACCCCACCUCUCGAUGAUUGACACAAGAAAUUUGGACUCGUUUCUCGACAUUUCAGUCAGUUUCAGCGACGUUUCUCUCAAAAAAUGGGUUCGGUAUCUGUCGAAGAUCUCAUCACCUUUCAAAAAACCGCGACGAACAGGGACAAGUUUACCAGAGGGGGUUGCUCGAUCUACCCCUGUGAAGUGCUGUCAUCUACACUUCUAUGAGGAGGAGCGUCAAAAGCCAAUUUUGAUUUUAGCCGGAGGCUUCCGUGUUUGGCGUUUGCCGUUCGCUGCCAUAAUACAUUGUGGAAAAGCGGGAUUUAUACACAAUAAAAUAGUGGAUAUUUUAGUCCUCGUGGAAUAAAUAUAGGAGAACCGGAAACUAUCUGUUUUCUGAAUUCAUAGAGCUCGUAGGGAAUAGAAUUAAUAUUAUUUAGUCACUCACCGUUUAGAAUAAAAUUAGAAAAAUGUCUGACGAAAAAAA